GUACGCGGAGGGUUCAGACGAGUACCAGGUCUUCCAGGCUUUCCCCUCCGGCGGUGACUGGGCCGCCACAGUCACGGGCCUCCCCAAUGGGCAGGUCGCGCGCGUGCAGUGCAGGGGCUACUCGGCGGAUCUUUCGAUCGUCGUGGCAUCGAGCGUGUCGGACAGUUUCGCUUGUGGCCAUGCGGUCGCCGCCCUGUACGAGCUGCGGGGCAACGACGGGCUCGCGGGCCUGACGCACGCUGAGCUGCGCGGCUUCCUCGAGGGCCAGUUGGCCGGCGUGGCCCUCGAGAGCAUCUUCGUUGCCACGUCCACAGACGGUGGCAGCAGCUUCAACACGUGCCUCGGGGGCGCGGCCCAGGGGCUUCAGGGGACACGCAGGCUGUCGAGCAGCGCCUCGAGCCUCCAGGUGCAGGCCCGGGUCCUCGUCAAUGAUACGUCCGACCAGGGCAUUGGCGCGAUCAUGGAAACGAUGAGGACCUUGACGACUGGUAACUUGCAGAGUUGGGCUGCCACCGCCAGCGUCGGCGACGUCACUGCCGAGAUGCUCUCGCAGCCGGAAGUUCUCAGCUCCCAGGACAGUGACUCCACGCUCGGGUCCCUGGAAGUCAUCGCCGAGGGGUUUGGCCACUCGGAUCCGAUGUUAGAGCCCCCUUUCGACGCCUCGUACGGCGGACCCUAUUCCACGAACGUGACGAGCGUGUGGUUCAAGGUGGUGCCUCGUGCGAGUAGCGAUUCGGCCCACUCGGUGUUGAUCAAUGGCGAAGAGACUGGGCGGUCUUACGAGAUCGAGGACGUAUACCCCGCGCGGAUGGGCUUCACUAUCACUGUCACCGCGGCCGACCGGGUAAGCACGUCGACCUAUUUCAUCUGGGUUUCAUAUCCUGAAGUACCUUGCUCGGCCACUUGCCACAACGGGUAUUGUAAUGGCCUCUCUGGACAGUGCGAGUGCAGAGAAGGCUACUCUGACGGCACUUCUGCCUGCAGCGCAUUCUGCCCAGGCUCCGGGGGCACGUGCAGCGGCCACGGCAAGUGCUGCGACGUCCACGUGCUGUCCCAGCCCCUGGCGGUGCAGGAGUCGCUCGGCUGCUCGGCAGACUUCAUCGACACGUGUGCGUGCGACCUCUCCUACACCGGCGAGGGCUGCUCUCGGCGCGAGUGCCCAGACUGCCAGAACGGCAGGCCCUGCUUGAAUGGCACUCAGGACCUGGAGUCCGCCUGGACGUGCGACUGCGGGGAUGGGUUCACUGGCAACCUCUGCCAGCACAGGAAGUGCCCGAACGACUGCUCCGGGAACGGGGUCUGCGACACGGACACCGGAGAGUGCGCUUGCAGCGAGGGCUGGGAAUUGGCAGACUGCAGCUGGGAAGCUGCCAGCACCGUGCCCAUCGAGAACGCCGUGGAGGUGCAGCUCGUGUGGGGCAUAUCCGAGUACAACCAGUCCCGCCAGGCAGUGUACGACCUAGGCUUCCGCCUCGAGGACGCCACGACGCAGCGCUGGCUCCUGGACACCUGCGCCGCGGCGCUCGCAGAGGCGAGGCUGCAGGUGCGCCCGGAGAUACAGUGCUGGAUCGAUAAGUUCGCAGCAGACAUGAACGCCACGGUGGGCUUCCCGGUGGACGAGGCCGAUCUAGGCGAGCAGCUCGUGUCUUGGUUUGGGGAGUCGACAAAUCAGGACUACAUGCUCGAUGUCGGCACCGCUGAUGCAGGCUAUUCGGGACGGGUGAGGUAUGCCCAGGUGCGCAUGAGAAUCAACGUCAGGCAGUCGGCCACUGCACACGACCUGGAGGCAGAGUACUUAGAAUGGGCGGAUUUCGUGGACAGGAGGAACGCCGCCGCUCCAGCUGGUGCAAAGAUGCUCAUGGUGUCGUCUGCAUGGACACGGAUGGACACCGAACUAUCCAUGGUGAGAUCGUCAACUCUUUCGGUGGCCCUUUCCAUAGCGAUCAGCUUUGGGGUAGUCACCCUCUUCACGGGCAACCUGCUCCUCUCGGGCUACCUUGUCAUGACCAUCAUCCUGGCAAUGAUGGCCCUGUUCUUCUGCCUGACUUGGAUUGUCGGCAUGGAGUUCGGGCCGAUCCAGAUCAUCUCCGAGGCCGGAGGACUAUACCCUGCACACGUGCCACGGCUACCACGAGUCUGCCCACGACACCGCUCGGGGGAAGGCGACGGACGCUCUGAUGCGCGUGGGCCCAGCCAUCCUGGGUGGCGCCCUGACGACGGCCGGGGCGACCGUGUUCUUGUUUCCCUGUUGGAUACUGCCCUUCUGAGGGCUCGGUGUCAUGCUCUUUCUCAACACCCUGAUCACCCUGGUCCUGACGUUCUUCUUCCUGAUUCCGCUGCUGAUGGUCGCGGGGCCCCGCGGGGAGUGCUGCGACAUCUACGCGGUGCUCUUCUGCCGCGCGGUCCGGAGGGCCCUGCAGUCGCCCGACGAGGACGACGAGGACUCGGAUUGCGAGCCAUCGACGCCUAUCUCGCGGCCACAGAUCCUCGAGGGGGGCGGCCACGCCAUCCCGGACACCGCCGAGGCGGAGAAGGAGGAGGACGAGGGGAACGAGCCGGAGGAGGGCAACGAGCCCGUCGGUGUCGCCCACAAGCCCUCCAUCACACCGCCAUCGACCGAGGGCGUGGGCGAGGCCGCCGACGCCAGGGCCUCGUCGGGCGGUGGCCCAGAGGACAGCUGGUCCGGAGCGUGCUCGGAGACGGGCGUCCUCGAGGAGGAGUCGCCAGCCGCGUCUGGCAGGCCCGACGAGGGCGCGGUGGCGGUGCUGGAGGCGCCCGCGGCCCGCGAGGAGCAGCCGCCGGCCGCGCCCCACCAGCCCGACGAGGGCGCGGCGGCGGAGCUGGAGGCGCCCGGCGCGGCGCCGCAGGAGGCGCCCCUGACAGCUCGCUCCAUGGUGGUGGGGAUCUAGACCCGGGUCUAUGA